GCAGGCGGGUGCAGGCGGGUGCAGGUGGGUGCAGGCGGGUGCAGGCAGGGAGCCCGCGCCGGGCAUGGCGCGCUGGUGGCGGGCGCUGCCGAGCGCGGCCGGGCGCUACCCGUGGCCCACCAACGUGCUGCUCUACGGCGCGCUCUUCUCGGCGGGGGACGCGCUGCAACAGCGCCUGAGCGGCCGCCCGGCCGACUGGCGGCAGACGCGCUGCGUGGCCACCGUGGCCGUGACCUUCCACGCCAACUUCAACUACGCGUGGCAGCGCCUGCUGGAGCGCGCGCUGCCCGGCCGCGCGCCGCUCGCCAUCCUGGCCAAGGUGCUGUGCGACCAGGUGGUGGCCGCGCCCGUGGCCGUCACGGCCUUCUACACCGGUAUGAGUAUUCUCCAAGGAAAGGAUGACAUAUUUUUGGACCUGAAACAGAAAUUCUGGAAUACAUAUAAGAGUGGUCUGAUGUACUGGCCUUUUGUACAGCUUACCAACUUCAGCCUUGUUCCUAUUCAGUGGAGAACAGCUUACACCGGACUCUAUGGCUUUCUGUGGGCCACCUUCCUUUGCUAUUCACAACAGAGUGGCGAUGGCACAUUGACGUCCGUUUUCACAUUCCUUCAUCGAAAGGAGGCCAACGAAUUUGAAAAGCCUCCAGAGAAAUGAGGAGUCAAGGGUUCCUUGAAAGUGACAAUAUUUUUCUUUAAAUGCAGUGAGUUACUACUGAUAAAAUACUCGUACUAACCUGCAGUAUGUGCUCCAUUUGGAAGAAUUGCUAUUCCUGGACUCACUUGUUUCCUAAUUACCAAUAAGCACUUUAAAUUUUAUCCAAACCUUUUCCCCCCUCAUUCUAUCCUGAAAUUAUUACUUCUCUAAUAUUUUCACUUCUUCAAUACUUU